AUGGCUGAGAGCGGAUAUGAGUUGUCGGAUGAAGAAGGCGCUGAGUAUGGAGAUCUAUUGCAGUUGAGUAAGGAAGAUAUAAUGAACAAGGCAUUCCGUAGCGAUGAAGCAGCAUAUGAAUUUUACAGGAGGUUAGGCAAAUGUUCUGGUUUUGGUAUUCGAAAGGGUGACUCGGGAAAAGAUGACACUGGAAGGGUUAUUCGUCGUAGAUUUUUUUGUAAUAGAGCGGGGCUGAGAGAACGUCGUCACUAUGACAGGCUAGAUAGGCAGAGAAGUCAUAGACCAGAAACCCGGACAAAUUGUGAGGCAAAGUUGUCAGUCUAUCUUGAUGUGGUCAGUGGUAUAUGGAGGGUGAGGAAGAUUGUAUUGGAUCAUAACCACGAUUUAACUCCGGCAUAUAUGGUUCAUAUGAUGACGAAUUUUAGAGAAAUAAAUUGUUCCGCUCAGGCACAAAUAUCUGGUAUGCAGGCUCAUGGAGUUCCGACGUCUAAGAUUCUAGGGUAUAUGGCCGGACAGUCCGGUGGCUAUUCUUUAAUGGGCUUCACCAAGAAGGAUGCUUACAAUUAUAUCAACAAGACUAAGCGUGCAAAGAUUAUUGAUGGGGACGCUAACGCCGCUGUUGUAUACUUGGAGGGGAAAGCUGGGGCAGAUCCGAUGUCGAUGGCUAGGUAUAAUCUUACUAAGGAUAAUAUGCUAGCCAAUAUGUUUUGGGCGGAUGGUGGCAGUAGAGUUGAUUACCAAUACUUUGGGGAUGUUCUUGCGUUUGAUUCCACCUACAAGAAAAAUAAAUAUCAGAGACCGCUGGUGAUAUUUUCUGGUGUGAAUAACCAUAAGCAGACGACAAUAUUUGGGUUUGGCGUGGUGUUAGAUGAAAGCGUUGGGUCUUAUAAGUGGUUGCUGGAAAAUUUGUUGGAAGUCAUGUGUAACAAGAAGCCGUCGGUUGUCGUCACGGAUGGGUGUGAUUCAAUGAAAGCUGCAGUGAAGUGUGUUUUUCCGGAGGCAACGCAUCGAUUGUGUGCUUGGCAUAUGGAGAAGAAUGUAACCGCUAAUGUGAAGGAAGAGGGACUGCGGCAAUGUUUCACCAGGUGGCUGUAUUCGGAGAUGGAAAUAGAUGAAUUUGAGGCUGAGUGGGAUGAUGCUAUUGAAGAGUAUGGGUUGCAGAACAGUUUUUGGGCCAAAGAAACUUUUCAGAAGAGGACGAUGUGGGCUUAUGCAUACCUACAGGACAAGUUCUGUGCAGGGUUUCGGACAACGUCCCGGUGUGAAGGCAUUAACGCGUACGUGAAGAAUUUUCUUAAGUCUAGGCACAGUCUCCUUGAUAUGGUUAAAAAUUUGGAGUUGGUCCUGCGAGAGUACCGAAAUAACGAAUUAGUUGCACAAUUUAGGUCACUCUAUGGGACGCCGGUAAUGACAACUUCUUUGGAUCCUCUUGAGAGGUAUGCUGCAGAUGCAUACACACGGGAGAUAUUCGUCGACGCGAAGAAGGAAAUAGUGGGUGUCGGUGCAGUUAAUUUUGUAGCCAAGAUAAGACGCUCAACUACGAUGGUGUACACGUUGGAGGAAUAUGGUGACCCAGGUAGAGAGGUGAUUGUGUUGUACGAUAGGGUUUCAAGGAAAAUGGAGUGCGCGUGUAAUUUUUGGAGGCAAAAGGGAAUACCUUGUAGACAUAUGUUUUUUGUAAUGAAGCAUGAGCACUUGACUCGAAUUCCUGAGAGCCUGGUUCUGAAGAGAUGGCGAAAGGAUGCAAAGUCGUUGGAUAAGUAUGGUGAGAUCACGGAAGUUGGAAGUGAAGUUGGUUUCUUGUUGCGCCAUGGUGCACUUCAUGCAGCCGCACAAUGGAUGCUAUAUGUUGGAGCCAGGAGCCCUUUAUCUUUCACACAGGCGCUUAACGGUCUCCAUGCGCUGUCUCAAGAACUAGAUAGAGGCCCUGAAAGUGGGGGUCAGAAGAAAGCUCUUGAUAUGGUUGACUUACACGACCCUGUUGUUGCGAAGACUAAGGGUGCCCCUCGUGUGAGGAGGCAGGGCGGACGCAAAAGGCGCUGCACCCGUUGCCGCAAAACGGGUCACACAAAACGACAUUGCAAUGCCGACCAAUCCUUUGUUUCCAAGGCUGGAGAGAGCAAAGAUUUCGAGGCUACAAAUUUAGGGUCGGAGGGGUCUUCGCCGACGGAAAGGGUCCGAUUCGAACAAGGCAAGAAGGGUGUUACCGGACCCAAUAAUUUGUGUGCACCAGUUUGGUUGGAGGCAUCAGGUUCGAAGCUUAGUUUACAACAUGAAACUGCUGCUGCAACUGGAGAUAAGGAGACUAUGGAAUGGGAGACAAACAUGAUACGUAACACCGAUGAAGUAAUAGCACAGCUGAUGACUGAUGUAACUUAUCUCAGUUCAAGAUUGGGUUCGAGCUUCGCAGCAUAA